AAAUGUAAACAUGCACCUGCUUGGUAUGUAAGCCUAGCUGCUGCUCUUCUGAUGGUUAAUUAAUAACAAAUAACGUUAUUAGUAAGAGUUAUUAGGUAGCGAACAUAGAUUGACGAACUGUACAGGACAUGGAAAUGCGCUUUUAUGCGUUACAAUGAAGUCUUGUUUUUCGUCGUAGGCCUAUAUCUACAGGAUGAGGCGCGUAUUAUCUUCCACUGAUGGCAGAAUGAACCCGAUUACGUGAACGUAUUUCCUCAAUCCAUCAUGUUGUUUCCCCAUCGGUUGUUUGUUUUUCGAUUCGACUGAAAGAUAACCGACGUUGACAUGUAGGUGCACCACAAUGUUGCUGCAGCCGUUCGUACGAUUCGUUGGGGAUUAAUCGGAACAUCCAGAAGUACUCCGGUCAUACACUGACGUUACUGCAGUGUAGCUGCAGUUCCGUUAGCCAAUUGGUGCUGGAGAAAGGACAUCACAGGACCAUCUCGCCGGGAUGGGGCUUCUAGAAUGUCGCGACUGCUAGCCCACAUGCACAUGGAACGCGGAACCGGAAUUCUCCCCAACGGAUGGGAAUCAUAGCGAUGUGCUAGCCGCGAUUGUUCCAUCAGCAAGGUGUGAAUGGCGACGGCGUCUAGCAUGCUAGCGGCUAAGCGUCUGAACACGCUGCUAGGCUAGCACACAGCCCUGCCACUGGAGCCUUCUACCUAACGCAAACACACACACAAACACACACACACACGUGCGUGCGCACACACACACACACACGCAAGCGCAGCCAUGCUGGUGAAGGAGUACCGCAUCCCCAUGCCCAUGAGCGUGGACGAGUAUCGCAUCGCCCAGCUGUACAUGAUCCAGAAGAAGAGCCGGGAGGAGAGCUGUGGGGAGGGCAGUGGGGUGGAGAUCCUGGAGAACAAGCCGUAUGAGGACGGGCCGGGGGGCACGGGCCAGUACACCCACAAGGUGUACCACAUCGGCAAGCACAUCCCCUCCUGGUUCUGCUCCAUCCUGCCCCAGGCCGCCCUGCGCGUGGAGGAGGAGUCCUGGAACGCCUACCCCUACACACGCACCCGGUACACCUGUCCCUUCGUAGAGAAGUUCUCCAUCGACAUCGAGACGCACUACAAACCAGACACCGGGAACACAGGCGAUGUCUUCAACCUGUCCUCGGCCGAGAAGAGACAAAGGACCGUGGACCCCAUAGACAUCGUCAAGGACUACGUCCCCCCACACGAGUACCUGGUGGAGGAGGACCCCAAGCUGUACCAGUCGGUGAAGACCCGGCGGGGCCCGCUGUCCGACGAAUGGAUCGAGGAGAUCAACCAGAACCCGGGCCAGAACCCGGUCAUGUGCGCCUACAAGCUGUGCAAGGUGGAGUUCAGAUACUGGGGCAUGCAGUCCAAGAUAGAGCGCUUCAUCCACGACGUCGGGCUGCGUAAGGUGAUGGUGCGGGCCCACCGGCAGGCCUGGUGCUGGCAGGACGAGUGGUACGGCCUGACCAUCGAGGACAUCCGCCAGCUGGAGCUGGAGACCCAGCUGGCCCUGGCCCGCAAGAUGGCCCAGUACAGCCAGGGGGAGGAGGCCUCGGGGGCCGGGGGGCCCGCGGCCGAGGCCAACGGCUCCUCCUCCACCUCCUCCUCCUCCUCGCACCACCACCGCCACAACCACCACCACCACCAGGAGGGGGGCCAGGAGGGCCCGGAGCAGGGGGGGGGCGGGGAGGCGGCGGCGGCGGGGGUGGCCGAGGGGGCGGAGGGGCAGGGGGGGGAAGAGGGGGAGGCCAGGGGGGAGCUGACCAAGCAGUGGUCCACCUCGUCCCGGUCCUCCAACCGGUCCUCCAAGAGAGGAGGUAGCCCCUCCCACCAGAGCAUCUCUGAGUGGCGGAUGCAGAGCAUCGCCCGGGACUCUGACGACAGCACGGACGAGGACGAGUUCUUUGACGCACACGAAGACUUCUCAGACAACGACGAGAUGUUCGCCAAGCAGAUCAGCAAGUGGAACUCCAACGACCUCAUGGACAAGAUGGAGGCCAGCGAAGCACAGGAAACUUUGUAUCAGGAAUCUGGUGGGGAGUACACAGUCAUGAGCAACGAGGACUCACAGAUGGAGGAUGGAUGUUCCCAGCAGUGUCGGCAGCCUUCCAAGACUCAUGUCCUCAUUCUCGUUCUGCAUGGAGGAAACAUUUUGGACUCCGGCUCUGGCGAUCCGAACAGCAAGCAGGGGGACGUGAACACGCUGGGCGGGGCCUUUGAGACGGUGAUGAGGGUCCACUACCCCUCGGCCCUGGGUCACAUCGCCAUCCGGGUGGUCCCCUGUCCCGCCGUCUGCUCCGAGGCCUUCUCCCUGGUCUCCAAUCUGAGUCCGUACAGCUACGAUGAGGGGUGUCUGUCCAACAGCCAGGACCACAUCCCCCUGGCCGCACUCCCCCUCCUAGCCACCUCCGCUCCUCAGUACCAGGACGCCGUGGCAACCGUCAUCAUCAGAGCCAAUCAGGUGUACGCCGACUUCAUGAAGUCUGUGGAGGGGGCGUCGUUCUCCGGCCAGGUGUGUGUGAUCGGGGACUGCGUCGGGGGGAUCCUGGGCUUUGAUGCUCUCUGCAGCAGUUCUCUGAGCGUCUGUGAGAGCCAGAACUCCAGCCGGAGGGGCAGUGCCAUCAGCGUCCAGGACACAGACCUCCUGUCUCCGGGGAUAGUGAUAAACAGUGGCUCCUCCUCCCCCUCCCUGGAGGGGAGCCGUCACCUGAGCCGCAGCAACAUCGACAUCCCCCGCAGCCUGGGGGCGGACGACCCCAAGAGACAGCUGCCCCGCAAGCGCAGCGACUCGUCCACCUACGAGCUGGACACCAUCAAACAGCACCAGGCCUUCCUGUCCAGCCUGCACUCCAGCGUGCUGCACGGGGAGGCGGGCUCGCGGCGCUCCAGUAACAGCACCAUGCUGGAGGGCGGGACUCUGGGCCGCUUCGACUUCGAGGUCACGGACUUCUUCAUGUUCGGCUCCCCGCUCGGCCUGGUGCUGGCCCUCAGGAAGACCGUGGUGCCCUCCCUGGACGUGUCGGCGCUGCGGCCGGCCUGCCAGCAGGUGUACAACCUGUUCCACCCGGCGGACCCCUCGGCCUCGCGCCUGGAGCCCCUGCUGGGGAAACGCUUCCACCUGCUGCCCCCCUUCUCCGUCCCCCGCUACCAGCGCUUCCCCCUGGGGGACGGGCACUCCGCCCUGCUGGUGGAGACCAUGCAGUGUAACCCCCACCUGCUGGUGGAGCCCGGCGGGGGAGGGGGCCUCCGCUACCCAGAAGGCACCGUCACAGAGACCUCCAUCCCAGUACCGGUGCUCAACUGGCAGGCGGCGCAGCCCACCGUGGACGCCGACGCCCUUGUCCACUCCCACUGCGGCGGUCUGCUGGUGGACGGCCUGUACCCCACGUCGCCCCUGGCCGGAGCCCCCCACCUCCGGGGCCACCGGCGGGCCAGCGAGGCCAGCCUGGCUAGCCAGGUGUCGGGCAUGGCCGACUCCUACACCGCCUCCAACAUCGCCACCACACCCACACUGGAAGUCAGCCGCAGUCCCAGUAAGCGACUGGGCCUGCUGUCCCAACUGGCCCUGCCCUACCACAAACUGCUCUCUCGGACCCCCUCGCUCCGCUCGCCCAAGAGGGUCCGACCCCGCGGGGCGGAGUCCGACCCAGUGACCCCUGACCUUGCCGACGUCACCUGGCCCGUCACAGAAGUGCUGCUAGGCUCCUCCCCCCCGUCGCCGCGGGCGAUGCGUUGUAUAGAGCAAGUCGCAUCCCACUGGUGGGGCUCCAAGAGGAUGGACUUUGCUCUCUACUGUCCCGACGCGCUGACUGCAUUCCCCACUGUGGCGCUGCCUCACCUCUUCCACGCCUCCUACUGGGAGUCCACCGACGUGGUGGCCUUCAUCCUGCGACAGGUGAUGAGGCAUGAGAACGCCAGCAUUCUGGAGCUGGACGGAAAAGAGGUGUCAGAGUUCACACCCUCUAAACCCCGGGAGAAGUGGAUUCGCAAGAGGACCCAGGUCAAAAUUAGGAAUGUCACGGCCAACCAUCGCGUGUGUGACGCAGUGUUCUCUGAGGACGCCCCCCAGCUGGUGACCGGUCGCUUCAUGUACGGCCCUCUGGAUAUGGUCACCCUCACUGGGGAGAAGAUUGACAUCCACAUCAUGACCCAGCCCCCCUCUGGGGAGUGGGUGUUCUUCGACACGCAGCUGACCAGCAGUAGCGGCAGGAUCUCCUACACCAUCCCCGACAGCAAGAGGCUCAGCACCGGGGUCUACCCCGUCAAGAUGGUGGCCCGGGGGGACCAUACGUCGGCAGACAGCUACCUGACGGUGCUGCCCCAGGGGACAGAGUUCGUGGUGUUCAGCAUCGACGGCUCCUUCGCCGCCAGCGUGUCCAUCAUGGGCAGCGACCCCAAGGUGCGCGCCGGGGCUGUGGACGUGGUGAGGCACUGGCAGGACCUGGGCUACCUGAUCGUGUACGUGACGGGGCGUCCCGACAUGCAGAAGCAGAGGGUGGUGGCGUGGCUGUCCCAGCACAACUUCCCCCACGGCAUCGUGUCCUUCUGCGAGGGGCUGGUCCACGACCCGCUGCGCCACAAGGGCAACUUCCUCAAGUCCCUCAUCUGUGAGGCCCAUAUGAAGAUCUUUGCGGCGUACGGCUCCACCAAAGACAUCUCGGUGUACUCCUCUAUCGGCCUCUCUCCAUCACAUAUCUACAUCGUUGGACGAGCCACCAAGAAGAUGCUCAGCCAGUGUCAGUUCAUCCCGGACGGCUACGCCAGCCACCUGGCCCAGCUGGAGUACAACCAGCGGUCGCGGCCCGCCAAGUCCGCCAGCGCCCGCAUGGUCCUCCGCAAGGGCAGCUUCGGCCUGGGCGCGGCCGGCGGCGACUUCCUCCGCAAGCGCAACCACGUGUUCCGCACGCUCUCCUCCCAGCCCGGGGGGGGGGCGGCGGCGGGCGGGGCCGGGGGAGGCGGCGGCGGCGGCGGCGGCGGCGCCGCCUCCUCCGGUCCCGUCGCCGCGACGAUCGGCGCCACGCUGGGGCGGACGGAGCGCACGCAGAGCCAGUGCGAGAUGGACCGCGGCACGCCGUCGGCGGUGGCCAGCACGGCCCAGCGCAGCAUGAGCAUCGCGGCGGGCUGCUGGGGCCGCAGCGGGAGCACCAGGGAGGGCAGCAGCGGACUGCUCAGCCCCAAGUGAGGGCCUCCGGACUGGGGGGGGGGGGGGGGGGGGGGG